ACACUGCGGGCGCGGCUUUCCCGGUCCCCGGCCGCGGCCUCUACACCCGCGGCGGCAGCAUCUACAAUCGCGGAGCCGCCGAUGCGCGUCCAGUGACCGGGACGGCUAGGCCCGCGCGCGGCGGGGGCAGCGGCAGACGCCCGGCCACCGUGACCCCAAUUUUGGAUUUACCGCUCGGGGGGUGGGGGGAACCUGGAUUUAACUGGCGACUGUUUUGGGGGACGCCGGACGCCAUGUUGUGGAAAAUAACCGAUAAUGUCAAGUAUGAAGAGGACUGCGAGGAUCGCCACGACGCGAGCAGCAAUGGGAACUCGCGCCUGCCUCACCUCCCCUCCGCCGGGCAGCAUCUCUACAGCCCCGCGCCGCCCCUCUCCCAUGCUGGAGUCGCCGAAUACCAGCCACCACCCUACUUUCCGCCUCCCUACCAGCAGCUGGCUUACUCGCAGGCAGCCGACCCCUACUCGCAUCUGGGAGAAGCGUACGCCGCCGCCAUCAACCCCCUGCACCAGCCGGCGCCCACCGGCAGCCAGCAGCAGGCCUGGCCGGGCCGCCAGAGCCAGGAGGGGGCUGGGCUGCCCUCGCACCACGCGCGCCCGGCCGGCCUGUUGCCCCACCUCUCCGGGCUGGACGGCGGCGCCGUGAGCGCCCGCAGGGACGCCUACCGCCGCUCGGACCUGCUGCUGCCCCACUCGCACGCCCUGGACGCCGCGGGCCUGGCCGAGAACCUGGGGCUCCACGACAUGGCGCACCAGAUGGAGGAGGUGCAGAAUGUCGACGACCAGCACCUACUUCUGCAUGAUCAGACGGUUAUUCGCAAAGGUCCUAUUUCAAUGACGAAGAACCCCUUGAGUCUCCCUUGUCAGAAGGAGCUGGUGGAGACUGUGAUGAAUCCCAGCGAGGUCUUCUGCUCGGUCCCUGGAAGAUUGUCCCUCCUCAGCUCUACAUCUAAAUACAAAGUGACAGUUGCUGAAGUCCAGAGGCGACUGUCCCCGCCUGAGUGCUUAAAUGCCUCAUUACUGGGAGGUGUCCUCAGAAGAGCCAAAUCUAAAAAUGGUGGCCGAUCCUUGCGGGAGAAGUUGGACAAAAUUGGGUUGAAUCUUCCAGCGGGGAGACGGAAAGCUGCUCACGUCACCCUCCUGACAUCUUUAGUAGAAGGUGAGGCUGUUCAUUUGGCUCGGGACUUUGCCUAUGUCUGUGAAGCAGAAUUUCCUAGUAAAUCCGUGGCUGAGUAUUUAACCAGACCUCAUCUCGGAGGACGCAAUGAGAUGGCAACUAGGAAGAAUAUGCUGCUGGCUGCACAGCAAGUGUGUAAAGAAUUCACAGACCUUCUCAAUCAAGACCGAACUCCCAAUGGGAACAACCGGCCCACUCCGGUCCUGGAGACCAGCAUCCAGAGCUGCUUGUCUCAUUUCAGCCUGAUUACCCAUGGGUUUGGCAGCCAGGCCAUCUGUGCUGCUGUGUCUGCCGUGCAGAACUACAUAAAAGAAGCCCUGAUGGUCAUAGACAAAUCCUACAUGAAUCCCGGAGACCAGAGUCCAGCCGAUUCUAGCAAAACCCUGGAAAAGAUGGAGAAACACAGGAAGUAAGACAGGGGUGAACAAAGGGCCGAAGAGUCUGGAAGGAAAAGGACUCCAAAACCGGUCUCGACUAGGACAAACUGGGAACCCCGCUUGCCUGGGGGACAGAGUUCGUUAUCCACCUUCCCGUGAAAAGGGCCUCCGUUGGAUUUCUAGAUCUUCACGUGCCCUCCUGGAUUCCUUAGUAUUUAAGGAGUGCUGAAGUGUCUCCUAAACUCUGGACGAGCUAUCAGGAGGUGACAAGUGCUGGCUCUUUACCCAUUAAGCUGAUAUUUUAUUUUUU